AUGUUUAACUGGGUAGUGAAAGUGGUCCCCCAACCCCCCGGGACAGAUGAAGCUGACAACGACCCUGCUGCUGACUGCUCCAAAAACAAAGGAGCAAAGAAUCCUGCAGUGAAAAACAAAGAAGAGGCUUCAGAGGAAAGCCAGGGCCAGCCUGGAGUAAUAGGCUGGCUGUCUAAUGGGUUCGCCAGCUCCCUGCCCCAGCCUGCUAACUCCCCUCGACUCAGCAGAUCCAACUCAGAAGCGGUCACAGAGGAUGGAGAAAGGUCUGGUGUGAUAGGCUGGGUGGCUCAGAGUCUGACCAAGGUUCUGCCUCAGCCCGAUGACAAGUACAGAGAGACUAACAGUCCCAACAAUGAUGAACACACUGAGGUGUACGAUGUAGAAACAUUGCCAGAUUUUGAUCCCCUCCCUCACAUCCCGGUGGUGGAGAUGGUGUCAGAGGACGAGGAGUCACAGGUGGAGAUUCAAACCCCAACUCAGUUCCCUCCCAAUGUGGUGAACUGGAUAAAGCAAAUAAUCCCACAGCCACUGCCCCCUGGUGCUGUACCAGAACAACAACCCAGCGGUUCCUCCCGCAACUCUCUGGACAAAAUUCUGUCUCCACCACCUGAAUCUCUCAGUGGAAUCUCACUGGAUACUGACAGCAAGGCCUCAGGUGUGGUCGGCUGGUUCGUGUCAGGACUGGGCCUGAAGAUACCUCAACCCACCACUCAACCCAAAAAUGAAGCUCUGGGUACAGGUGAAGUUCUACAGAAAGCUUCAACCAAACUCAAACCUGACAUGGUACUAGAAGAUGUGGAUUCAGACAACGAAGGCCAGCAGAAAUGUAAAACACACCAACAACAGGAAGAGAUACAGCAGCCACGAAGCAGUUCAGUAGCAUCCAUGCGGUCCCAAGAACCAGAACCAAGAGAGAGCCAGACGAAAUUAUCUCUGGAAGAUGCUGAGACCCAGACGGGCCGCUGGACACCAUUUAUUGAAAACAUCAAGAGGGAGGCUGAAGAUGUGGCUUUGGCCACCAUGGAGGAACGCCUGCUGCAGGAACGCAUGGAGAUGGCACGUAUGGCUGAGGAGGUUGCCCGGCAGACAGCUGAGAACGCCAUUAGACAGAUGGCCAUUGAAGGACAGUCCAUCAAAUUCUCACUGGGGAGUCAAGAACUGCUCGAGGAGCCUGAAGUCGAGCUGCCGGUGUCAAGAGAGGAGAGUGAGAUGGAGCACAGCAACGUCAAUGAAAAGGAGGAGAACCUUUCUGUGGAGGAAGAGGAAGAAGAGGAGGAAGUGACUGAAGAACCUAUCGUCAGCGAACCAGAACCCGAGGAAGAAGAGGAAGAGCCACAGCAGAAAUCCCCUUCUCCACCUCCAAGUCCUGAACCAGUGAAGUCCCCUGAGCCGGACCCCGAACCACAACCAGAGACUGAAACCCAGGAAGUCAAAGCUGAGCCUGUAACUGAGCAGCCGCAGAAAGCACAGGAAGACGACCAAGACACCAAACCUGACAACGCUGCUGAAAAAGAGGAGGAAGCUUCUGGGGACGGCUGUGGUGCUCCAGUCAGCUGUGAUGCAUUUAAGAGCUGCCUGAUGCGCAUUCCUCACACCUCCGAGUGCCUCGGCAACAUCAACGCGUUCUUCAAAGAGAACGGCAUCUCCCCUCCCAAAAUACCCUCCAUGCCUACGCUACCCACCCAACUCUCUGACGUUACCAAGUACCUACCCUCCCUACCACCUGAACUGCGCCAAGAGCUCUCUCAAAUCAGACUCACGCAGGUUCCCCGAAGUAUCGCCCAGACUCUGACUGAGCUUUUGCCCAGAGACUCUGAGGGUUCAGUCAGCCCCAACUUGUCCACCGUCUCUCAGACCUUAUGCCUCAAGAUGCCUAAGAAACAACAGCAACAACAACAACAGCAAAAACAGAAGACACAGCAAGAUUUAGAACUCAACCAGCUCGUCCGUCACUCCCCUCUCCCUCCUCCUCACCAUCCCCACCUCCGAUCCCGCUCCCCAUCUCCAUCCUCCGCCAACAGUAGCGCCCUGGAGUUGCCCAAUGUGCCGUCCUACCCUCGCCUGCCACCGAUCGUCAGCCCCCCGUCUAAGCAGCUCACCUCUCCGUCCCGCCAGCUUUCAGGUCUCUCUAACCCGGCGUUCUUCAUUGAAGAUGACUCAGACAUUUCAGCAAUAAGACCCGCAGAGAGCUCCAGCCUCAGCCUCCGUCCGGCCGUCAACGUAGAAGAUGUCGACUCAGACAAUGAGAGAGCAGGAGAAGGAGGGGGAGGAGGGGGGGAAGGAGGGGAGGGACAGAGCUGUAUCCCCCAAAUCCUCACUCCUCAGGACCCUAAAGUAACAACCCUCACUGUCCCUGUGACCCCAUCAGGAGGUCGUCAGAGUAGGAGGCUGCAGUCUCAAAGUGAGGAUGAUGAUGAUGAAGCAAGCAUCCCUGUCAGAGCCUGGCCUAGUCAGUCCAGCCUCCACAACACAGAUGAAGUUUUGAAAGAACGUCCGGCAUCUUCAGCCAGUCAGAGCAGCACAGUGGUCAAUGAGCGUCUUCAGGAGCUGGUCAGGAUGUUUAAAGAGAGAACAGAGAAGGCCAAGGAGAAACUCAUCGAUCCUGACAGCUCUGACGAAGAUAGCGUCAUCCACUGUGAGCUCCUGCCCCUGCAGCUCAGCCGGCAGACGGGCAAGACAAGGAGGCACAAGCAGGUCCAUCAGGAGGAGGAGGAGGAGGAGGAGGAGGAGCAGGAGGAGGAGGUGGAGAAGGAUGAAGAAGAGGGAGAGAGUGAGGCAGAGGAGAAGUCUAGCGGCUGCUGCAAGGUGAAAGCUCCUCGGUGGAUACAAGCCUGUAUGCACUACCGCUUCCCUGCCAGCAUCGACCCUUUCACCAACCUAAUGUACGUGUUGUGGAUGUUUUUGGUCUCUCUGGCGUGGAACUGGAAUGCGUGGUUCAUCCCAGUACGUUGGGCCUUCCCCUACCAGACUCCAGAUAAUAUUUAUUACUGGCUGCUGACUGACUACCUGUGUGACCUUAUUUACAUCCUUGACCUCACCGUCUUCCAGCCACGCCUGCAGUUUGUCCGUGGAGGGGACGUAGUGUAUGAUAAAAAAGAGAUGAGAAAGAAUUACAUGAAAACCAAACGCUUCAAGUUUGAUUUAGCCAGUCUUGUUCCUCUGGAGUUCUUCUAUUUCAAAACUGGUAUCAACCCUCUGCUCCGCUUACCCAGGCUGCUGAAGAUCAACUCUUUCUUUGAGUUCAACGAGCGUCUAGAGGCCAUCUUGACCAAAGCCUACAUCUACAGGGUGAUCCGUACCACCACCUAUCUUCUUUACUGUCUCCACUGUAACGCCUGCCUUUACUACUGGGGCUCUGCCUUCAGUGGACUGGGUUCCACCAAGUGGGUUUACAAUGGCAAGGGCAACAGUUACAUCCGUUGUUACUACUUUGCAGUGAAGACUCUGAUCACCAUCGGGGGUCUACCUGAUCCCACCACCCUGUUUGAGAUAGUCUUCCAACUCAUCAACUACUUUGUUGGAGUCUUUGCCUUCUCUAUCAUGAUUGGGCAGAUGCGUGAUGUUGUUGGAGCAGCCACAGCAGGUCAAACCUACUACCGCACCUGUGUGGACAACACUAUUAAAUACAUGUCCUCAUACCGCAUCCCCAAAGAUGUCCAGAACCGUGUCAAAACCUGGUACAACUACACCUGGCAAUCACAAGGCAUGCUGGAUGAGCAGGAGCUGCUGACUCAGUUGCCAGAUAAGAUGCGUCUAGACAUUGCUGUAGAUGUCAAUUACUCCAUUGUCAGCAAAGUUCCUCUUUUCCAGGGUUGUGACAGACAGAUGAUCUUUGACAUGCUGAAAAGCCUUCGCUCUGUUGUUUACCUGCCAGGAGAUUAUGUCUGCAAAAAGGGUGAGGUCGGUCGGGAGAUGUACAUCAUAAAGGCGGGGGAGGUGCAAGUGGUUGGAGGACCAGAUGGAAAGACAGUUUUUGUCACUCUCAGAGCAGGUUCAGUCUUUGGAGAGAUCAGCUUGCUUUCAGUUGGUGGUGGGAACAGACGCACAGCCAAUGUGAUUGCUCAUGGCUUUGCCAAUCUCUUCAUCCUAGACAAGAAAGACCUGAAUGAGAUCCUAGUCCACUAUCCCGAGUCCAAGAAACUACUCCGCAAGAAGGCCAGAAAAAUGCUCAACAAGGGAAAGAAACCUGAACCCAAAGAAGAGGCAAAGGAGCAACCCUCAAUACAGGCGGCCCCUGUCAAGCAAGAGACCCCCAAACUGCUCAGAGCGGCCCUGGAGAUGAAACAAAGAUCCUCUGGACUUAAAGGAGCUCUGGCUAAAGUCAAACAGAAGACCAACAAGUCCAGUAUCUCACUGCAGCCAUCCAUCUCCUCCUCCCUCCCUCCUCCAUCUCCCGCCUCCAGCUCCGGACUGGAAAGAGACGAUGACACACCGUCACCCAUGUCAGCCAGCUCUACGUUUCACCCUGCUUCACAUUGCCGUAACCACAACAACAAUUCGGCGACGCCUCUCUCUGCAUCGCAGCGCCACAGCGCCACAGACGAACCGGCGGCGUGUCAAAAGGAGGAGGAGGACGACCAUGACGAGGAAGGGAAAGAGGGCGGGAAGGAGAAAGAAAAGAAGCGGGGAUGA